UACCCCUAUCUAUUUUCACACACAACACACAGUAGAGAGAGACAAAAAUAAAAAUUAGAUUAUCACAAUCUCAUCUCUUCUCUCUGUGGCGUUAUUAAAUUUUCCUUUGUAAAUAUGGGUUUUUCGUAGCCAUCUCAUUUCAUAUUUUUCUCUGCUUCUGUUUCUCCCUACAGAGAAGUUUUUUUCUUUUUUUUUGGUGGUUAAAUUUUCGGUUUUGAGGUUAUGAAGAAAGGGAAAGCACCGGCGGCGGCAGCGGCAGCGUUAGUGAACGUCGGAGUAGCUAAUGGAUCUGGUGGAUCUAAUGAGGUCAGAUUCAGAGGAGUGAGAAAACGUACAUGGGGAAGAUUUGCGGCCGAGAUCAGAGACCCACAGAAGAAGGUUCGUCUCUGGUUGGGCACCUUCAAUUCUGCUGAGGAAGCCGCCCGGGCCUAUGAUGCUGCUGCCCGCUCCCUCCGUGGGCCUAAGGCUAAGACGAACUUCCCCUUGCCCCAAGAUGCUAACGCCUUUCCUGAUUUCAACCCUACUAACCCUAUGCAACGACCGAUCAACAAUAACCCUAAUGAUUCAUUCAUGGAUCCCCGGUUUUACUCUGAGGACCACCUAAUCAUUGCUCAGCAGAGGCCCACCUCCAGCGGCAUGAGCAGCACUGUUGAGUCAUUCAGCGGACCCAGGCAGCCUCCACCGCCGCCACGGGCUUUCAUCCUGCAGAAGAGUCACCCCAGGACGCUGUUUGAUCCGGAAGAGUGUCAUAGCGACUGCGACUCCUCCUCCUCCGUGGUUGAUGAUGCUGUAUGCGACAUUGCUUCAUCUUCGUGUAAAAAGCCCCUGCCUUUCGAUCUCAAUGAGAUGCCGCCUGUGGAAGACCCUGAUGUGGACGAGCUUGCAUGCACAGCCCUUCGGCUCUGAGGUGUCUUCAGUGAUGCUUGCAUCAUUGGAAGAAACCCAUUUGGUUAAAUAACUUAAAUUUUCUUUUAUGUUCCUUUAACCUUUUGUGGUUGAAAAAAAAAAAAAAAAGGAGGGAUGAAUGCUCAUAGACAGGGUAAACUAAGGUGUUAGAAAAAUUAAAGGGACCUCUUAUGGUCUGUCUGCUAUGAGUGGCUGUCGUUUGAAGAGAAUUUACUUCUUUUUAAAUUAAAAACUUUAAUGUUAUGGAUAACUGAUGGAUAUUUUAGUGUAUUUCUGUGAUAUCUAUCUUUUAUCCGGUGAUUUUCUUUGGAAUGCUUAUGAAGUUUGUUGUUGUUGAAGU